CGCUGGCAGUCACUUGUUGUUAGGCGUCUGGUCUCAUCGUUACCUCUCUACCCGUCCCACCCACUCCUGCUAACCCCCACGCCACGCUGAUGGCAUGUCGCGUGGGUCAGUAUGUGAGAGGCGUGGUGGUUGCUUUCUCUCUUCUCAUCGUCCUCACCUGUAUCGGGAGCGUGGAGUCUUAUUCCUCAACGCUCACCAAGACUCAACCACCCACCUUCAACGCCUCGACACCCUUGCCUACUCAGCUGUCAACAGAGAGAGAAGGAUGUUGGCAACAGAUUAAACAGAUUUACACCAAUGAGAAACUACAAACUCCAUAUCAUCCUUAUACACUAGAUGAGUGUUCGCGGUGCUGUGCUGUGGUCCAACUCACGGCAGAACAAGUCGGCUGGAUCAGACUGACGACGACGUGUGGUGGCGAAGCUGUCAUGUGUCUGAUGGAGAUUCCGGAAAUCAGAAAGCGACUCACGCAAGACGUCUUCUGGUUAACAUCUAGUGGAGAAGAUGUGCUACUGUACAUGGGGACGCCCUCUGAUAUAGUGCUCACCUGGGACUACCUCACAGCUGAACAGAAAAUGCUUCAGGUCGUCUUUCAGGUGGUUAGUGUGGUGGUGUUAGUGACGACCCUCAUCGGUAACGUCCUGGUGUUGGCAACAAUGAUCACUUGUUCUGACAGAGAUGACCCCUGGUGGAUCGUCCGCACGUCACUCGCCAUCUCUGAUCUCCUGAGAGGAAUGUUCGUCAUGACCCUGGCCCGCCACAACUCCCUGAGUCUCAUGACUGGUGACCUCACCUUCUCUGAGCUACAGUACUCAGAUAAGGUCCUCGGGUUUCCUGGCAACGUGUACGAACCGCUGUUUGUAAGAAGAGAUUAUUCCAAUUUCUGUGGUAUUAUUUUUGCGGUCACCGAGAUCAUGUCUUUCCAGUGCCUUGGAUGGCUCACUUUUGAGAGACUUUUGAUGUGUAAGUACCCAAGAGAGAAGAGGUUCCUCACCCCCUCAAGGGUCACAUGUGUCGUGCUCUUCAUGUGGAUUACUGCAGUAGUCUUCCCAGUUACGGUCUUUCUGGGCCAAGAGUCUCCGAGGCACAGCUUCUUUGACUCUGUUACCAUGUUAACCUUAAUCCUCCCUAGUGAUGACCAGACCGGACUCAGCCUCGUGAUGUUCUGGAUCAUGAAUGUUUAUAUCAUGGGACUGUUUUGCUUCACGGUCAUAGCCUCUGUCCAAGCUUUGAUCAUCUUCUACGCAAAGUCACAAAAGGAGUUGGCUGAGGUGACGAGGAGUGCUCCGACGUCCCGAGCCAAACAGCGAGAGAUGGAUGACCGUCGCAUCAAGAGCACCAUGGCACUGAUCCUGGUGAUGUAUCUCAUAUCCGUCGUACCAAGAUUCUUCCUGAUCAUCCCUGGCCUCAAGACUCACGUCCGCUUCCUCUACUACAUAUUCUGGUGGCUCUUCGUGGGCAGCUCCUCCUGGAACUGGUACAUCUACAACAUGAGGAGCACCUUCUUCAUUCACCACUUCAUCACUCUCGUGUUGAGGUUUCCCUGGGUGCCGGCGGCCGUAGAGGUGAGGCUUCAGGCAAUGUUGGAACCCACCUCCUCCCUACAGUGGGGUCCGUUCUGGUACGAGCUGGACGCAGUCAUCCAGAAAGACGAACGAGGUCACAGCUUCUAAAUUUCAGAGCGAAUCACAGAGCUUUUCCCACAAGGAUGCUGCAAACAUUAGCUGUCCUCACAUUCUAAUAAUUUGUAUAUAUACAUUUGGUUCACGUGUGAUAUUCAUAUAUUUCUAAGUCUCUUAUAGGGUGUGUGUGUGUACAUACGUGUGUGUUAUAUGAAUUCUAAAUGAAUCCACCAAAAAGCAAAAUAAGGUCAGUAAUGUGUAAAUAUCAUUGAAAUAAAGAUCAUACAAAUUA